GUCGAUGAAAGGGGUCCUCUACUGAAACCCCCUUUAGGAGAGUAUUUCAACUCUUCUGAAGCACCAAAUUGUGAAAUAAUCCGAUUAUUACUCAAAUAUGGCGCACGAAUUAUCAUCAAAGCACAAAUCGCAAACCCAAUCGGAAUUCUGAAAGUGAUGCACAGGAUACGAUUGAACAUAAGCCUGGAUGUGAUGAAUCUAGUGUUAGAAAUGGCCGAAUCGUUUAGCAUCGCGUCAAUCAAGAGGUGUUCACUUCUAUCCAACUCUCAAAGAGAGGUCAUACUAAAGACAGCUGUGAAUCCGAGUCCACUCAAACACAUGGUUCGGGUGGCGGUCAGACAUUUUCUCGGCGAUUACGGCCAGAAUGUGAUCGAGAAAAUCGAUUUGUUGCCAAUACCAGCGCUCAUCAAGAGAUAUCUUUUCUAUGAAAUAUAGUCAUAAUUUCUAGAUUCCUGUGACAAAAAACGCUUACAAAUAAAUUAUAUAAUUUUUCAUUUCUUUCUAUUAUUAUAAUAAUUAUUAUUACAGAUAAAUAUGAUUUUAUGAUAAGAAUAUGAGGUUUUGACAAACAAACAAAAAUUUGUUGGCAUUAUUUCUACCAUUUAUUUUAUACGCAAACUUUUUAGCUGAUUGUGUAAAAUGUGAAAUAAAUAUUUCAAAAAUAUAUAUAUA